CGCUGCACCGGCGGGUCGGAGAUUGUCGGCUGGGAAAUGGCGGCCGCAGGCUUGGUCGCUGUGGCCACGGCUGCAGAAUACUCUGGCCCAGCAGCGUCGGGAGCUAACCUCUCCGGUGUUAACUGCGGCCCAAGCUCCGGGGCAGGUCCUGGUCCUGGCCCGGUCUCGUGGAGCCGCUCCAUCGAUCGAGCGCUGGAGGAGGCGGCGGUGACUGGGGUGCUGAGUCUGAGCGGCCGGAAACUGAGGGAGUUUCCCCGGGGAGCGGCCAACCACGACCUGACGGACACCACCCGCGCGGAUCUGUCACGAAAUCGCCUCUCAGAAAUUCCCAUAGAAGCAUGUCACUUCGUUUCUCUUGAGAAUCUCAACUUAUACCAAAAUUGUAUUCGGUAUAUACCAGAGGCAAUUCUAAACCUACAAGCUCUAACGUUCUUAAAUAUUAGUCGGAACCAACUGUCAACAUUGCCAGUACAUUUGUGUAAUUUACCAUUGAAAGUCUUAAUUGCUAGUAAUAACAAAUUGGUCUCACUUCCAGAAGAAAUUGGACAUCUCAAACAUUUAACAGAACUUGAUGUAAGCUGCAAUGAAAUUCAAACAAUACCUUCCCAGAUAGGUAAUUUGGAGGCAUUGAGAGACCUUAACAUUAGAAGAAAUCACUUAGUACGUUUGCCUGUAGAGCUGGCAGAGUUGCCUUUGAUACGGUUAGACUUCUCCUGCAAUAAAAUUACAGCAAUCCCUGUUUGUUAUCGGAACCUCAGGCACCUACAGAUGAUCACCCUAGAUAACAACCCAUUGCAGUCUCCUCCUGCACAGAUAUGCAUAAAAGGCAAAAUCCACAUAUUUAAAUACCUGAACAUACAUGCUUGUAAGAUUGCUCCAGAUCUGCCAGAUUAUGAUAGGAGACCUUUGGGUUUUGGCUCCUGCCACGAAGAACUGUACUCAGGUCGCCCUUAUGGAGCUCUUGAUUCAGGUUUCAAUAGUGUGGACAGUGGUGAUAAGAGAUGGUCAGGGAAUGAACCUACAGAUGAAUUUUCAGAUCUGCCUCUUCGAGUAGCAGAAAUUACAAAAGAACAAAGACUACGAAGGGAAAACCAGUACCAGGAGAAUCGCAGCAGUUUAGUAGUAACAAAUGGUGGAGUGGAACAUGAUCUGGAUCAGAUUGACUACAUUGACAGCUGUACUGCAGAGGAGGAAGACGAUGAGGUGAGACAGCCCAAGGGCCUGGACUCAGACAGCCUCAGUUCACAGUUUAUGGCAUAUAUUGAACAACGGCGAAUCUCUCAUGAGGGUUCACCUAUAAAGCCAGUACCCUUGAGGGAGUUUCAAAAAACAGAAGACACAAGAAGAUACUCACAUCAAAACAGGGUUCCAGUUGAGCCAUCUUCUCUCUCGUCACUAUCACCAAGUCACAAUCAGCUGUCACAUACAGACUUGGAACUCCAUCGGAGAAGAGAACAGUUAGUGGAGCGCACGCGGAGAGAGGCACAACUUGCUGCCCUGCAGUAUGAGGAGGAGAAAAUACGGACCAAGCAGAUUCAGAGAGAUGCUGUCCUGGACUUCGUCAGGCAAAAAGCAACACACAGUCCACAAAAACAACAACUCUCCUUAGGUGGCGAGUGUCCCUUCCCAUCCAGAAGGUCUCAGCACACUGAUGAUAGUGCCUUGUUAGUGUCGCUGUCAGGGUUGAAUGAAGUGGGCUGUGCUGCUACCCUGCCUCAUUCUUCUGCCUUCAUGCCUCUUGAGAAUGAUGACAGAUCUAAUGUUCUGACAGUAUCAAGUUCGCCUACAACAGAAACAGUUCAUCAUUCCCCUGCAUAUUCUUUUCCUGCUGCUAUCCAGAGAAACCAGCCCCAGCGCCCUGAAAGCUUCCUUUUUCGAGCAGCUGUCAGGGCAGAAACAAAUAAAGGUCAUGUUUCACCCCUUCUUUCAUCUUCUGCACCUACCACUGAUUCUGCAGAUUCCAUUACAAGACAAAAUUCAAGGCAGAGAGAAGAAGAGCUGGAAUUAAUAGAUCAACUGCGGAAACAUAUCGAGCACCGGUUGAAAGUGUCUCUGCCUUGUGAUCUCGGAGCAGCUCUAACCGAUGGUGUUGUUCUCUGCCAUUUGGCCAAUCAUGUGCGGCCUCGAUCUGUCCCAAGCAUUCAUGUCCCCUCACCAGCUGUACCUAAAUUAACAAUGGCAAAAUGCCGGCGAAAUGUGGAGAAUUUUCUAGAAGCUUGCAGAAAAAUUGGUGUACCUCAGGACAAUCUUUGUUCCCCUUCUGACAUCCUUCAGCUAAACCUCAGCGUUAAAAGAACUGAGCAAUUAUGUUUGCCUCUCCACAUUUUAGAAGAGAAAGGUUUGAGCCAGGUUGCAGUGACGGUCCAGGCUCUCCUGGAACUUGCCCCACCGAAGCCACAGCAGCAGCAGUUGUCUGCUGUGUGAGGACUGAGCACCUCGGGCCCUGGCCUGGCAGACAGAACAGGACCACGUGAUGCCGCUGCCAGCCGUCGGCUUACACAGAGCUCUUACAUGUUCUGAAGGACUGUCUGCGUGAUUCCUGACGGGAAUAUGUUGCUUCAUUUCUCCAUUUUAGGGGAGGUUAUAUCCAUUUCCAUUGAAUUGUUUAUGAAGACAUGGUUGGUUUUCACAAAUGAAACUUAAUUCUGUCAUGACUAAGAACCCAAUACUGAAGCCUAAACUGGCUGCUUUCCUCAAGAGUAGACUUUUUUUACCCAUCAGAAGGAAUAUUUCCUCAGAAGGAUAUUUAGCUCUCUCGAAGGCACAGGCAUGCUACAUUAUCGUUAUCUGUGGAGUCCACUGGUUUCUAAACUUGGUUGUUCAUUUCAAUCUCCUGGAGCAUUUGUUAAAAUACAGAUUCUCAUUCAGUAGGUCUAGAGUGAGGCCUGGGUGUCUGCAUUUUCAACAAACAUCCCGGGUGUUUCAUGUAGUGAAACCACAGUUCCAAGCUAGAUAUUUGUAUGAUUUGGGGCAGUAAUAACUCCAUUGUGUUUUUCAGCUACAUUUAAAGUCAAAAACUGUAUUAUGAUCACUUGGACUGUUGUGUCCAAGGCAAAACAAAAAUAAGGUAGAAGGCCCAGAUUUUGCAUAGUGAACAAUGAAACAGAUCCAGUUGUAUCUAAGGCCAGUGUGCUAGUCCUCCCCCCAACUCCAGUGCACCACCCACCACUUAGAGGCUGUUCUGUGUGUCAUCCUCUGAUGUCAACCUUAUAAACCAGCACUCCACACACAGGUUCCAAAUCCUCAAGCUAAUACCUAGAGCUGCUCAGCAUCUGCAUUGACUUCAUUGAACCCCCUCCCCCCAUGCUGCUCCCAGGACACCUGGACCUGUGAACACCUUCCAGUCACAGCACAGACAUUUGCAGCUCCCCAGCUAAUGGAAGAUUAUGAAAACAAAGCAAAAUGAUUAAAGGAAAAGCCAAGGUUCUUAUAUUCCUUUCAGGUAACUGCCAGUUUCCAAGGCUGAAUUAAAGCACUUGUGGCAUCUUGAAAACAGCUUGCUGUCUUUUCCACUAGCUCCACCUAGAGCCUUAUUUACUCAAUUGUGGGUGCAAUGAAAGGCCGGCCCUAGGGCUCACGCAACACACAGCCAAGAGCCUUUAUUCAAGUUUAAGCCACUUGGGUCUUUCUUCCCCUACAUUUUGCACCCCUUUUAGUUGUCAGUGACAUCUUUCGGUAUUCAUUGCCUUUAUAAACCAAGGAAAUAGAGUAAGUGAAAAUACUAGUUAUCUAGGGUUUUUUCUGUUAACUGUUUUGGGUUUUCUUUACCAGUGCAUGCAGUUGAGCAUAAUGUUCUUGCUCUCUUGAUCAUGUAAAUGCAGCAUCUGAAAGUGACUUCAGAUAAAUCAUGUUGAGUAGCUGGCCAAAAUAAUGCUUUCUCCUUGUUCUCACAAGGAAAACAGUUCACCAGAACAUUACCACUUUGUCUAGAUAUAAAAUUAUAUAACAUAAAACAUCUGAGCUCAAAUCCCAGUCCUUCAAUGUCCUCACAGAAGUAAAAUGUUUUUUAAGUGCUUAGAGCCAGACCAUUAUAUUUACAGUUCCAAACACACCCACCAACCAUAUGACUUGUUUAGAAUUUAGUUGUGUGUAGUUUUAAACUAUAGGUAUUUUUCCUUCUAGUCAACAUUAAACCUCAGUACAAUUUCCAAAUUAUUGAGUCAUUUAAAUGAAACUCAGCAAAGUACAAGACUCACAUGGUAUGCAAGAAGUAAUUGCAGAAGACAUGCAUAAUGCAACAUUUGGAACUAAUUUUCCCAUAGGAAUAAAUGGAAAUUUAAAUUUAUUUCAAAUUUUACACAUAGCAUGAAACUUUAUUAAUGUACUUUUAUCAAACCAAUUCAAAUUUAUAUUUGUUAGAAAAAAUGUGUAGUUUUGGUUGAUAAAGAAUAUCAAGUAUAUUGAAUUUUUUCUAUGUCAAAAUGCAAAAACAAAUGAUGCUGUUUUUGUAUUCAGUGUUUUAUAUGUACUUUUUUAACUGAAGACGUUUAACAUUUAGCCUGGCUAGACUCCAGUGUAAGAUGAAGAUGACUUUGUAACAGUUCCACCUGACCAUUUAUUUAUGAGCUUCCUGCUGAAACAACAAGUUCCCAGUGCUGAAGUGUGAAAAAAAGAAAAGGCUGUGUGCCCACCCACCAGGGUCCCUGCCAACUACAGAGAUUUUAAGUCAGCAGGUUUCCAGGCUUUCAAACUCAUACAUGUUUAGCACUCCAAACCAUUUUUCUCUGGAAACAACUCAUGGGAGGAGGGGCCUUUGUAUUUGGCUAGAACAGAGUAGGAGGCUUAAUAUUAGGUCACUUUCUUUACUAGCUUUUUAAAAUACAGCCUUACAGCUAAUCGCGGAGUCUGUGAUUUCCCUUACUUGCCACAGCUCAGCAGUGCCUUAUGAUAUGUGACUAUGCUGAUGAGUGUAAUGAGGUUUUUUUAAAACUAAGCACUUAAAUGGUUAUAGAAAUGAAGGAAAACAUGGAUAUUUAGAAGCCUUCAUAUAUACAUUUUGCAGUGAGAUGUUUUACAGCAGAUUUCGUUUUAUUUCUGAAAAUGUUGUAAACAUGUAAUUAGUAAAAGAUUUUGUAAAAACAAACAUUGUCCUAUAUUUGUAUGUCUGUAAAUAUAAUGCAUAAGUUCUAAGUAUAAAUAUGUCAAUAUCAUGUAUGUUAUUUUAAAUUGCCUCUAUGCCACCUUACACGUUGACAUUAAAAUAAAAGCCAACACUUCAAUAGCA